AUGGAUAGGGUGUUUUCAGCGGACGAAAUUGCCGACCAAUUUUGGUCACCGCCGCCGAUUCAUCUCUCCCAAGCUACCGAUGAGGAAUACUCAUCCUCGUCCGCAUCAAAGAUGAUGAGCCGCAGCUCCUCCGAGUGGGCCAUCCAGCGCUUCCUCCAGGAGGUGUCCGCACCUGAUUCAUCCGCCGCCCAACCGCCGCCUAUUUCCUCUUCGUCGUCGUCUAAACAGACUGAUAUCAAGAACGACGUCGUCGAUGUCAAAGAUCGUGAUCAUAAUCGUGAUCAAACGGAGAUGGGUGCGAGUUCGACCAACACGGCGCCGUUUGGAGGGUCACCCCCGCCAAAUAUGCCGGUUGAUUCGGAAGAAUAUCAGGCUUUUCUCAAGAGUCGACUCAAUCUCGCUUGUGCUGCUGUGGCUUUAACUCGGGCAUCUUAUGUGAAACCUCAAGAAUCUACUGCCAUACCUGACAAUGCAUCACAGGCUUCCAAUACUCCACAAUUGGGAACUCAGAUUCCUUCUAACGGAUCUGGGCACAAUUCCUCCAGGGGACAAGAUAAGGAAGCUGUCGGACCACUGGGAAUUCCUUCAUUGCCUGCCAUGCAAAAGAAAUCUGGGGUUCAGUUGAGGUCAACAACAAGUGGAUCAUCCCAAGAACAGUCAGAUGAUGAUGACCUGGAAGGAGAGACAGAAACGACUCAGAAUAGGGACCCUGCUGAUGCAAAACGUGUCAGGAGAAUGCUUUCAAAUAGGGAAUCAGCAAGACGCUCAAGAAGAAGAAAACAGGCUCAUUUGACCGAACUUGAGACACAGGUUUCUCAGUUAAGAGUUGAGAAUUCUUCUUUAUUGAAGCGUCUAACUGACAUAAGCCAGAAGUACAAUGAUGCGGCUGUUGACAAUAGAGUUCUGAAAGCUGAUGUUGAAACAUUGAGAGCAAAGGUGAAGAUGGCUGAGGAGACAGUUAAAAGAGUUACUGGGUUGAAUCCAUUGUUNACGAAUAUUGUAUUCAAGAAUUUCUCAUGUGAUUGCUUAUAUUAUUUUCAGGUGAAGAUGGCUGAGGAGACAGUUAAAAGAGUUACUGGGUUGAAUCCAUUGUUCCAAGCCAUGUCUGAGAUGUCGACAAUGAGUAUGCCAUCCUUUGCUGGAAGUCCUGACACAUCAACAGACGCUGCUGUCCCUGUGCAAGAUGACCCAGAGCAGCACUUCUAUCAACCUGCUUCCAAUAAUCACGUGUCCAGUCACGAUGGAAUUCAGAAUGGUUUGGUCAACAUUCCUCCAGUGGAUGAUGUACAGCAAAAUCCAGCUGCAGCUACAGUUGGUGUGAACAAGAUGGGUCGAACAGAUUCAAUGCAGCGAGUGGCUAGCUUGGAGCAUCUGCAGAAGCGGAUUCGUGGGGGGAUGAACUCUGGUGGAACGCAGUGCAACGGAGACCAGCAGUGA